GAGAGCUUCUGUGGUACGAGGCCCGCAAUGGAAGGUGUGGUGCCCUAUAUUGUGGCCUUCGGGUCAAUUGUGAUUACGCUCCUCAUACUGCAGCUCGAUCCGCUGCGUGGAAUUCCGGGUCCGUUUUACGCCCGUUGGACUCCUCUUUGGAUGAUCUAUCACUCCCGGAAAGGGGAUAUGCACCAGAAGAUGAUCGAGUUACACAAGGCGCAUGGAAAACUAGUCCGAACUGGCCCGAACGAAGUGAGCAUUUCUGAUCCAGGGGCGGUAAAGAUCAUAUAUGGUGCGGGGUCUAAGUUUCGUAAGAGUAAUUGGUAUAGCGUCUGGCAGGGCCAUCGUAAAUUUGACCUUUUCCCGGAGCGGAAUGAAUUGGUCCACCGAGCACAACGGCGAUUAGUCAGCGGCAUAUAUUCAAUGGAUAGACUGAAAAGGCUCGAACCUUACGUGGAUAAAGCGCUAAUUGUGCUGUUCUCGAAGUUGUCAGAGUUGGGAGCCAAAUCAAUCAAUAUGGGACUCUGGGCUCAACUUUUCGCCUUCGAUGUCAUCGGAGAAGUCACAUUCUCGAAGCUGUUUGGCUUUAUGGAUGCUGGGAGAGAUGAUGGCUCCUUCGGCCAGAUCGAUGCCGCUCUUAGGUCCGCAGCUUGGAUCGGACAGGUGCCUUGGCUCUAUUGGGCUCACGAUACGCUUUCCCCAUUUAUAGGAAACUGGCUCGGCAUCGGUGCUCGUCAUGGGAGUCUGCGAGCGUUUGCUGCAAACGAGAUUAAUCGGCGCAAACUUCGAGGCAGUGAUCACCAUGAUAUCCUCGAAAUGCUUAUGAACGUCAACCGAGAGAAGCCGGAUGAACUAGAUGACACUGCAGUCUUGUCGAUGGCUACCAGCAACAUUUUCGCUGGAAGUGAUACCACCGCCAUCUCUAUUGGCGCACUUCUCUACUAUCUCUGCAAAAACCCUGAAUGCAAAGAGAAAGUGUUAAAAGAGGCCACUGAGAUGAUGAAGCAGAGUAGGAUGGACGACAUAGUCCCGCUCGCCAUAGCCAACAAGAUGCCUUAUUUGCAAGCUUGCAUAUAUGAAGCUCUUCGCUGCCACCCGGCUGUGGGGAUGUCUCUUCCCCGAGUAGUACCCCAAGCCGGCAUUGAGGUGGACGGGCAAUACAUUCCUGCUGGAACCAUCAUCGGCACCAACCCUUGGGUAAUUCACAGAAAUCAAGAGGUAUUUGGUGAGGAUGCGGACUCUUUCCGCCCAGAAAGGUGGCUAGAGUCAGACCGUGGCCAACUAGAACGGCUCUUCUUUGCAUUUGGCUCCGGAGCGCGGGUAUGUAUUGGGAGAAACCUUAGCUGGAUAGAGAUAUCAAAGCUAGUCCCUUCGCUUUUACUCCGCUUCGAAAUUGAACUUACCGAUCCAGAAGCCAAGCCGAGAGAGAAUUGUUGGUGGUUUGUGAAACAGGAAGGCCUACACAUGACUCUGAAGCCCAGAGAAUAUGCCGGUUAAGCUGUAGUAUUCUUGAGAAGAGUUCGUACUUAAGAAGAAUGCUACGUUUCAUUACCAACACAACAACUAAACAGAAGGUAGG